AUGGGUCAGAAACCUCGCGUCCAAUAUUCUCGCUGCGAGAUGGAGGUGCGCGUCGCUGAUCCAUCUCGAGAUCGAGGCUUGGCGAGAAGUGUUCGGAUGAUGGAGAAAGAGAUGGGGCGGUCCCUUCCUGUCACACCCACGUCAGAUUCAGAACAGUCUUUCAACGCCGCUCCAGCGCUCUCCAUGCCUGGCAAAACUUCCCCAACGCCACACACCAUCUUCCCCCCGGACUCGGAGAAGAUCGCGCGAUCUUCUCCGCCAAGUUGCAGAGAGAAAAUUUCGAGCGUCGAGUUUGCGAAGGAUCAAAUUCUCCACGAGACAGACGGACGAAGCCAAGGAUCCACGAUCCAAAGACGAAUUUUCCCACUGAAUUGGCUUUUUGGUGGAAAUUUGGUGAGGCUUCAGUCAGUCAUUCAUCACCUCACCCCGCGACUGAACGGGGAUUGGAAGCAAACGACUCGACUCACUCACCUAUCGAGCUCAUUGGCUUGUUCGACACAGGAUCACGACUACGAACUAAUCCGAAGAUUAUUCAAGGCGGCAUCGGACUUGGUUGUGUUUAGUCAUGCGUGUGAGCUCACUUGGAAGCCGUCAGUCAGUCAUGCUGAUGAAAGGAGAAUUUGCUUGGGAAGGCGUUCGCUUUGUAUGUAUGAUACCCACUCGCGCGCGCGCGCUGCGAUGAUUCAUAGGAAACACGAGAAACGACACGCAAAGCGUUCAAAAAUCAAAGAAAAUGUUGCUCAAAGCUUGAACUUUUCGCCAUAUGAAUCCUAUGACCAUGCCGUGCUGAUGCUCCCGUCUUUCGUCCUCCAACGCCACGCUCACAUUCAUCUUAUCACCGUCACUGGCGUGUCAAUCCUUUCACCUCAUAUCAGCGUGCGCUUCACGAUGAUCCGCAUAAUCCUCCUCAGUGACCAGUACAGACGGCUAGCCUGUCUCUUCCGCGAGGCCGGCGCGACCUUGACAUCGUUGACGUACUCAGUCCAAUGCUUCGGUAUUGGCGAGUGUACUGGUCCCGGAUCGUCUUUCCAAGGCUCAUCGACGAUUGCUUCCUUGAGGUCCUUGUAG